AUUACCAAUAGGCGGAGAUAUUAUUGGGCCAGAAGCCAAUGAGGAAUCUGGUGAAGGAGAAGCGGCGAUGAUCUGGAAAUGUAAGCAAGGUUCUGAAGCAGCAUGCGGCUGUAUCGGAAGUGGCUCCGGCUCCGGUUCCUGGAGCUACAAUCCUGCGGGCUGCGCACGGCAGCUGUGCCGACCCCUCCACGCUGGUUGGCAGAGCGGCUUAGCCUUUUUGAGGAGCUCUGGGCUACUCAGGAAAAGAGGUCAGCAAGCACGGCACAGAAUGAAUGCCGGACUAUUAAGAUAUCACUUCCUGGAGACCAGAAAGUGGAUGCUGUAGCAUGGAACACAACCCCUUAUCAAAUAGCACGGAGGAUCAGUUCAACACUGGCAGAUACUGCAGUGGCUGCUCAAGUGAAUGGAGACCCUUAUGAUCUGGAUCGGCCCUUGGAGACAGACUCUGACCUCAGAUUUCUGACAUUUGAUUCCCCAGAGGGGAAAGCAGUGUUCUGGCACUCCAGCACCCAUGUCUUGGGGGCAGCAGCUGAACAACUCCUAGGUGCUAUUCUGUGUCGAGGUCCAAGUACAGAGUUUGGCUUCUACCAUGAUUUCUUCUUGGGAAGGGAACGGACAGUCCGGAGCUCAGAGCUGCCCAUUUUGGAGCAGCUUUGUCAGGAACUUGCAGCUGCUGCUCAACCCUUUCGGCGGCUAGAGGCUUCCCGGGAUGAACUUCGACAACUAUUCAAGGAUAACCCCUUUAAACUUCGCCUGAUCGAGGAGAAAGUGACAGGUCCAACAGCAACAGUAUAUGGGUGUGGCACAUUGGUUGAUCUUUGCCGUGGUCCCCACCUUCGACAUACUGGACAGAUUGGAGGACUAAAGCUGCUAACGAACUCGUCAUCCUUAUGGAGGUCUUCAGGGGCUCCAGAAACAGUGCAGCGAGUAUCAGGGAUUUCCUUCCCCACCGUGGAGGGACUGAGGGCCUGGGAAGAAUGGCGGGAGGAAGCAGAGUUGCGGGACCACCGGCGCAUUGGGAAGGAACAGGAGCUCUUCUUCUUCCAUGAACUGAGCCCUGGCAGCUGCUUCUUCCUGCCCCGAGGGACAAGGGUGUACAAUGCACUUGUUGCUUUUAUCAGGGCCGAGUAUGCCCGCCGUGGUUUCUCAGAAGUCAAAACGCCCACACUGUUUUCUACGAAACUCUGGGAACAGUCAGGACACUGGGAACAUUAUAGGGAAGACAUGUUUGCCCUGCAGCCCUCAGGCUCUAACAGACCUACUGACUCCCAGAGUGACUACACUACCAACCAUCCCACUAACACACUCGCCCUCAAGCCCAUGAACUGCCCUGCACAUUGCCUGAUGUUUGCCCACCGGCCCAGAUCCUGGCGAGAGCUGCCCCUACGACUGGCAGACUUCGGGGUCCUGCACCGGGCCGAAGCCUCUGGUGGUCUGAUGGGAUUGACCCGGCUGCGAGGCUUCCAGCAGGAUGAUGCUCACAUCUUCUGUACCCUGGAUCAGCUGGAAGCAGAGAUCCGAGGCUGUCUUGAUUUCCUCCACUCUGUCUAUGCUGUCCUUGGCUUCUCCUUUCACCUGGCACUGUCUACCCGGCCAUCUGGCUUCCUAGGAGAGCCUUGCCUUUGGGACCAGGCUGAGCAGAUCCUUCAACAAGCCCUGGAAGAAUUUGGAGAAUCUUGGGACCUCAAACCUGGAGAUGGUGCCUUCUAUGGGCCUAAGAUUGAUGUGCACCUCCACGAUGCCCUGGGUCGGCCCCAUCAGUGUGGGACAAUCCAGCUUGACUUUCAACUGCCCCUGAGAUUUGGCCUCCAGUACAGGGGGCCGACAGGGGCCCUGGAGCGUCCAGUCCUCAUUCACCGAGCAGUGCUAGGUUCCGUGGAAAGGAUGUUGGGAGUGCUGGCAGAAAGCUGUGGAGGAAAAUGGCCACUGUGGCUGUCCCCACUCCAGGUGGUGGUCAUCCCUGUGGGGACUGAGCAAGAGGAAUAUGCCAGAGAGGCACAGCGGAGCCUGCAGGCUGCAGGACUAGUUGGAGACCUGGAUGCUGACUCUGGACUGACCCUCAGCCGGAGAAUUCGCCGGGCCCAGCUUGCCCACUACAAUUUUCAGUUUGGCCCCCAGGCUCCAGGGCAGAGGGAAUUGAAGUCAGAGGAUCUCACCCAGUACCUUCAAGAAGUUGGCUAUGCAGCACCCCCUUCCCCACCCUUGACCCGAGCUCUCCCCAUGGAUCACCCUGAUACCCCUCAACCUGGCCCUCACUUUGAGGGUCAGAGUGAAGUGCAGCCCCUUCACUUCCAGGAAGCCAUCCCCAUCCAGGAGCAACUGCCCCCUCCCCAACUCCCUGUUGACAAAAACGCCAACCCCUCCCAGGAAGAGCUGCCCCCUCCCCAACUCCCUGUUGAACAGAAAGAAGAAAAUCCAGCCCCCUUCACAGGCGAGAAGCACCCAGAGCCCGAGUCUUGGAAUCCAGCCCAACACUGCCAAAAGGGCCGACCCCAUAGGAGCUGGGGCUACCGGCUGGAUGGCUUCCCCCCAGGGCGGCCUUCUCCAGACAAUCUGAACCAGAUCUGCCUCCCUAACCGUCAACACGUGGUGUACGGCCCCUGGAACCUGCCCCAAACUGGCCAUUCCCACCUCAGUCGCCAGGGUGAGACCCUCAAUUUGCUGGAGACUGGUUAUUCCCGCUGCUGCCGCUGCCGCAGCCACAUAAACCGCCUGGACUGUGCAAAACUCGUGUGGGAGGAUGCAAUGACCCGGUUUUGUGAGGCCGAAUUCUCGGUCAAGACCCGAGCCCACUGGUGCUGCAAACGGCAGGGGGAGGCUCGAUUCUCCUGCUUCCAGAAGGAAGCUCCCCAGCCACAUUACCAGCUCCAGGCCUGCCCCAGCCACCAGCCUGGUAUUUCCUCGGGCCCCGAGCUGCCUUUUCCCCCUGGAAUGCCCACACUGGACAAUGUCAAGAACAUCUGCCACCUGAGACGCUUCCGCUCUGUGCCACGCAACCUCCCAGCUACGGACCCCAUCCAAAGGCAACUGCAAGCUCUGACCCAGCUGGAGGUGGAGUUCCAGCACUGCUGCCACCAAGGGCACAACCACACUUGUACAUGGAAGGCCUGGGAGGAUGUCCUUGAUAGCUACUGUGACCAGGAGCAGUCCAUAAAGACCCACCAUCAUGGGUGUUGCCACUACCCCCCUAGCCCUGCCCGUGAUGAGUGCUUUGCCAGUCAGGCUCCCUUCCCCAACUAUGACCGGGACAUCUUGACCCUGGACCUCAGCCGAGUCACCCCUAACCUCAUGGGCCAUCUCUGUGGAAAUGGAAGAUUUCUCACCAAGCACAAACAGAUUUACGGGCUGAUCCAGAACAUGACUGCCCGCUGCUGUGAACUGCCAUUUCCAGAGCAGGCCUGCUGUGCUGAGGAGGAGAAAUCAGCCUUCAUCGAUGACCUGUGUGGUCCCCGACGUAACUUCUGGCGAGACCCUGCCCUUUGCUGUAGCCUGAGUUCUGGGGAUGAACAGACCAACUGCUUUAACACCAAUUAUUUGAGGAACAUGGCUCUAGUGGCUGGAGACACAGGGGAUCCCAAGGGCAAGGGGGAGCAGGGCCCAACUCAGGGAACAAAUAUCAGCUCCACCCCAGAAUCCAAGGAAGAAUGAGUCAUCCCAGAGCCUUGGAGGAUCAUUUGGAGAGAACCCAACCUUCCUUGAACACUCAUUAUAGUAAACACCUCUUGGAUUUGGUGUCCUCUUUGUCUGUAACACUGCACACACAAACACACCCUCCUAAACUACUUGGAUUUUCUUCAGUGACUGGCCCCUGAGGCCCAUUGCCCUGCCCCCAUGGAUAGAGCGGAAGAUGUUUCAUAGGCUGUGUGAUGGCACCAUAACUAAACAACUUAACUUCA